AGUAAGUGGUAUGAGAUGAUAAACGUCUAUGUUCGAGACAGGGUGAAAGUGAUAGCAAGCAGGAGUGAGAGAUAAAACACGGCAGAUCGAAUGAGAGGUCGCACCUAAAUUAAAUGAGUAUGAGAGAAAUAGCAAGAUCGAGAAAGAGUGAAGAAAGAGAGAUAGCGAGAGAGUGAGAAAGAGAGAGAGAGGAGACAGAGAGGAGAGGAGAGAGAGAGAGAGAGAGAGAGAGAGAGAGUGAGAAAGAGAGAGAGAGAGAGACCCACACUAACUGUACACACUCACUCCUGACUGGAAGACCAUGUGUGCUGGAUGAUCUGAUGUCAGUAUUCAUCGCGGGUUUCCCUCGAGAUCCAAACAGCCGGAACACACAGCUACGACCCAGCCUGAAGGAUUCUAUGCACUGAUACAGGACCCAAGUCCUUACACUGCUCCCAGAGUCUGAGCCUCCCUGUAUGUGAAACGACCUUGGAAAUCAUGAAGGUUAGCCUGGACACACAUGGCAAAGCCCCACAGAAGGCAAGGCGGAGGCUAACAGAUGGCCCCUGGAAGCUAACAGGAUUCCCGCUCUGAGUCAUGUCACAGGGUUCUGCUCGGAGACAGCUCUUUUAAAAGGACACCCCAAAGUCACAGGAUUCCCCCCCCGAGAGCGCCCCUGAGUGAGGGGAACGCGUCUCUAAGACCCGGGGCGGCGCGGUGGAAAAUGGACAACUUAAACAACUCCUGUCAAAACAACACAGACCUGCAGAAGUACCAGCACUACAUCUACGCCGUCUUCUACUCAGUGAUCCUGCUGCCGGGCCUCAUCGGCAACGUGCUGGCCCUCUGGGUGUUCCACGCAUACGUAAAGGAGACAAAGAAGGCCGUCAUCUUCAUGAUCAACCUGGCCACGGCCGACCUGCUGCAGGUGCUCUCACUGCCCCUCCGGAUCUAUUACUACCUGAACAACUCCUGGCCAUUCGGCCACUUCCUGUGCAUGUUCUGCUUCUACCUGAAGUACGUGAACAUGUACGCCAGCAUCUACUUCCUGGCCUGCAUCAGCGUGCGCCGCGGCAUGCUGAUUGUCUACCCGCUGCGCUACACCUCGUUCGAGCGGCGCCUGGACCGCGGGCUGUGCGCGGCUGGCUGGCUGGUGGUCUGCCUCGGCUGCCUGCCCUUCCCCCUGCUGCGGCACAAGUCCGAGGAAAACCUAGAGAAGAAAAUCUGCUUCUCGGAGCUGGCCAUGACGCCGGUGAGCACCUGGGCCGGGGUCACCCUCAUCGGCCUGGCCGAGCUGCUGGGCUUUGUCAUCCCGCUGACCCUGGUCCUCACCUGCUCCUGGCGGACGGCGGCCAGCCUGAAGCAGAAGGCCGACGUGCUGCAGGACAGCCGCGAGAAGCGCAAGGCCCUGAGGAUGGUGCUGAGCUGCGCCGGGGUCUUCCUCUUGUGCUUCGCCCCCUAUCACAUAACCUUCCCGCUGGACUUCCUCGCCAAGAUCAAAGCGGUCAGCUGUGCCUCCCAAGACUUAAUCCUCCGCUGCCAUCCUGUCACUCUGUGUCUGGCCAGCCUCAACUCCUGCCUGGACCCUGUCAUGUACUACUUCACCACGGAUGAGUUCAAGAGGCGGCUCUCCCGGCAAGAGCUCCCUGAGAGCUUGCAGCUGCACCGCAAGUUCUCCUGCACGAUACGUGAGGAGAAGUCAACACAACAAGAGUUUAAGGAUUCUGAGGCUGCAAUCUCUUAGGACCCUUAACCUCUUAGUGUUUUGAAGAGGCAUGAUACCACACCCCCAUGUUCUGAUGGAGAGGGUAUGACCUCACUACCUAUGGGAGGGGUCUGAACACAAUGGAUAUAUGGGAUAGGUAUUGUAUUAUGCCAUGGCUCAAGAAUUCUGAGGGACAUGAAUGAUGGCUCCCUCUACUGAGGGGGUAGGGGUGGAAGACUUUGUACACACCCCCAGAAGACUGGGGCAGAAGACUACAGCGAUGGCUGUCCAGAACGGAUUACUGUGAAGCUGAAAUGUAAACACAAGGUCUACUUGUCAAAAGUUGUAUAUAUACAUUUGCAGGAUGUAUUAGGUUAUUUAAAUACAGCGUAAACAAACAAGAAAUGCACUUGUAACGAAGGAUGAAAGGCAGCUAAAUUAUUGAAGAAAUUUUUGUCUAUGUUCUCUCCCAUGUUAUCUUCCAUGUCUCUCCCAUUAUCAAUGAUAUGAGUUGCACAUUUCAUGGUGCUGUGAAAUUCAUGGUGCCCUGACUAUGUAUAAAAAGGCAUGUCCUUUCUACAUGGUGAAACCAAUGAAAUACCAUUUAAUAAAGACUGAGAACCUGCACUUUAA